AGCAAGGCAAGGUUUGGUGGCCACAUCUCCUAAAGAGACUGUUACAGAGCUGGCUUUAAAAACAAUUACUAGAGGACAAGUUGAUCAUAGGAAUUUAAGAAGAUAACUGCACUCGGACCACUCUACCAAGGACGCACUGUAAGAGGCUUUUUAAAAAUACUGUUACAUUAACACUGUAAUGAUUUGUAUUCACUUUAAGUCUUUACAUGAAAGUGCUUCACAAACUACUAAUGUAAGGUCAUUAUUAUCAUAUUAUUGUGCUUUAAAAUAUUUAAAAGCGCGCCAUGUGGUUGCUAAAACGUGAUAUAUAGUGAAACUAAACUCUUACUAAACUGUACACGAUGCGGUUGAACUGCAGAACAAAAUGCCUAGUUUCCAGAGAAGAUAAGGUUACAGAAUUGCACACAGCGCGGUCUGCAGUACACACAGAUGCAGCAGCACAUUUCACUGAGAGUUUAAACACGACACCAUCGCGGCUGCAUUUGUUUUUUAUAUAAAUAAUUAAAUAAAAUCUAAAACUGUAAAGAUUCAACUUUUAGAAAUGUAUAUUAUCUACAACACAAGAACUUGGUUUGACAUUACGCAGCGAAUUAACGCUUUUCAGGGUUUAAGCUUAUAUAAAUUGAUAUAAGUGAACAGAAGAGAGGUGCUCCAACACGUAGCGCACAUAUUUGAAUUUCUUUUAUAUUACCGAGAUGCAGACGGAGCGUGCAAAGAGGAUGGACUCUGCAGGAGAAGAAGCGUCCCUGAAUUCACCUGAGCUGCCCUGGAACCAGCUCUAUUUGAAGAGAAGGACCGAGUCCAGGAUCCAGUUAAGGAGGAGAGUGUGCUUCACUGGCCCUGCUGCUGCUGCUGUUACCGGGGUAUUGGCAAUCCUCAUACUGGCUGCUGGCAGUGUGAGCAGCGACAGUGAGUUUGUGACAGUCCCGAGCUCAGUGAAGUGUACUGAGGGGCAGGACUGUAUCCUGAGCUGCACCUUCAACUACACAGCUGGAGGCUGGGAUGAGAAGUCAGGUGUGAUUUGGAGAAGAGCAGAAACGGACCACAUCGUUCACGGUUUCUAUAACAACAGGGACCAGCUUGCCGAUCAGCUCCCUCUGUAUGUGAACAGGACCAGCCUGUUUGAUUCUGAGCUGCAGCGCGGGAACGCUUCACUGCUGCUGAGGAGAGUCAGGGAGGGAGACGCUGGGAAAUACACGUGCUUCGUUAAGGGUACUAGACUGUCUGGGUCAGGCCUGACUGAGGUAGUCGUGGUUCCGGCUCCACCCACAACAGCACCAGCUCAUGUGACAGUCCCGAGCUCUGACCGACUCCACUGGUGGGGUUUAGGAGCAGUUCUUUGUGUGAUUUCGUGUCUCUGUGUCGGUCUGUGGCUCUAUAAAAAACACGCAGGUUGCUGCUGGAAGUCCAACAAGGCUUCUAGUCCAGCACAGGCAGUGUGGUGGGGGGGGAAACACAACUCAGGAAAGAAAUCUAUAUUAAAAAAAUCUGAAUCAAUUCCACAAUCAUCUUCUUUAGCGGAGUUUGAAAUUCACCUUUGUGAAUAUUAAUAGAAAUUUGUUGAAGUCUUUAUAUCCAGGCUGUGGAUUCCUGGCCACUGUCUCACCAAGCUGUUCCUGCUUUACCCUGGGAUUGAGAAGGAUCAUUUCUCCGAGCUGCCUUUCCAUUUGGAAAUGGUUUUUGUUGGAAGGAUUUUUCCAAACCCAGGUGGUUCUGCGGCUGCGCCGCUUCCUGAACGCUGGGUGAGAUCUGGGUGCUCAGAUUUAUUUGUAUUUUUUUUAUUAUUUGUUUUUUUUCUGAUUUAUUUUAGCCCACAGAGGGCGCUGUUGUCUGUGGCCUGGCUACCACCUAUGGUACACAAUAUGGUGCAGGUGCUCAAAGAAUAAUGAAAACGAAAAGGCAAAAAGAAAAAGGGAAAAUAAAACACAGUAAUGAAAACUACAAAAUAAAGGUGCUGCACUCCAGCGGGUUUUCCUCAAUUGUCGCUACCCGUACGUCCCGGGUCUCCGUCCUACACUCUGCUGUUCCCUCAGCUAUUUCUAGACACUAUCGGGGUCUGCCCGAGGAUUCCCCGCUCUCUCUCUCUGUUUCUUUAGUUUCUUCUCUUUGAGUUUUUGUUGUUUUCUGUCCCGUCCGUCCACAGUCUUGCUGAGCAGCGUGACCGCUUGCUCAUUGUUAGGUCUAAAGGGGCAGAUCUGAGGAAACACCAAAGUAUUAAUGUAUAGGUCCAGCAAGCCCCGCCUCCCAGCCACUCAGAGAGCAGGAAAGCCCACACACCCUCUUCACCGCAUCUCUGUGUCCCUGCCAUGACUGACAGACAGGUCCCACGGGACUGCCGCCUCUUCCUACAGCACUGUGCAUACGUCAGACGGUCGGUCCAGGUCUCCCCUGUU